ACUUUUAGAUUAAAGUCGGAACUCAUCGCACAAUUAAAAGAAUUUGAUUUGACAUCAAGACUCUUUGGUUUUAUAUUUGAGACUUUAGGAUUUGUUAAAUCAACAUCACCAUAUGAUUUAGCAAAAUGGGAUUUUAGAGAAUUUUACGUUGAAGGAUUUGAUCGCGGGGUAUGUUCAGAAGUUGGAUUUCCUUUACUUUGUGCAAAUUUAUAUUAUCGGUCUUUGAUACAUUUUCCAUCACUCAAAUUGGCAUGCAGAAUCUACACCGAAAAACAUUUCAGUUCAUCAAUUAUCCAACAACAAUUUGACACACUUCUAAAUGAUAAUGUAAGAUAUGAAUUGGAAGAUGAUAAGUUUUCAAUAAGAGUUGCAAGAAGUUCCAAUGAGGUGAUUUCCACUUUCAAUAUGGAUGAAUAUAUUAUGGAGCUUAGUAUACGACUUCCAACUAAUUACCCAUUGAGCCUAGCAGAAUUUAAUACUAUAGAAAGAAUAGGUACUACAGAAGUUACAGAUUUGAAAUGGGCAAAACUACCUAUACAAACUAUUGUUAACUCUCAGUCAUUAGUCUUGAUGACAGAUCUUUACCAACUAAAAGAUGUAACACUUGUAAAAAUAGAUUCCACCCAGCAUGUCUUUACAAGGUAA